UAUCGCCCAAAAUUGAAGAUGCUUUAUCACACCACAGUAGCCGGUCAAGAACGAAAAAUCAGAAAUGCUGAGACUUCUAUCCCUCGCUUGCAUCAUUGCCUGCACUGUUGCAGACUACUACCCAAAGUCUUAUGGACUUAUGAUGGGUGGUCUUGGGGGCGGAUCUAUUGUUAGCGGAGGAAUGAUUGGCGGAGGAAUGAUUGGUGGAGGUUUUGGUGGCGGUUCAGCUGCCGCUGCUUCCGCUGCUGCUGCAGGAGGUGCUGCUGCCGCUGCCGCCGCUGCUGCCGCUGGACGAGGUGCCGCCGCUGCUGCUGCCGCCUCUGCUGCCUCUGGUGGUGUUGGGGGAUUUGGUGGAUGGGCCCCUACAUAUUAUCUACAACCCUCAUAUAGCUACCCAGUUUAUGGAUUAAUGGGCGGUGGAUUUGGUGGUUUUGGAGGUGGAUUUGGUGGUCUUGGAGGUGGAUCUGCCGCUGCCGCUGCUGCCGCCGCCGCUGCCUCUGGUGCUGGUGGUUUUGGAGGUGGAUCUGCCGCUGCUGCUGCUGCCGCCGCUGCUGCAUCUGGUCUUGGUGGUUUUGGAGGUAUUGGUGGUGGAUCAGCGGCUGCGGCUUCCGCUGCUGCUGCUGGAGGUGCAGCUGCCGCCGCUGCCGCCGCUGCUGCUGGACAAGGUGCUGCUGCCGCCGCUGCUGCCGCUGCUUCCUCUGGUGGUGUAGGAGGAAUUGGCGGAUGGGCUCCUUCAUACUAUCCAGUUAUGAUGGGUGGCUUCAGAAGCAAAAAGGUAUACUAAAACGGACACAGACACAGGAUAAUUUUAUUGGUUUUUUUGGUUGUAUUGUUUGUAUUUGUAUAUAUAUGUAAUAAAUGUCACAGUAGAUUU